CAAAUAGCCGCGAAAAGAACCAAGAAAAGGAGAAAAAAGAAAAAUCGAAAUCCCUAUUUCCCCUUUUUUUAGAAAUUUAGGGUUUCUAAUAUUCCUCACUCUGCUCUCUUCUCCCAUUCCCCUUCUUCGUCCCGCUAUGUGUUUGUGCUGUCCCAAACCCUAGUUCUUGGUGAAAGGGGAAAAAAAUUAGGGUUUGGAGAUGUCAAUUGAAGAGAGCAGAUGCAAUGUGGAGUUGAAGCAGGAGGUUCUGUCAUCUAAUGAGAGGUUGUUAACGUACAGGAGAAGGAAACGUGCGAGAAAUGGGUUUUCAGCGGACGAGGAGGCUAUGAAGGAACUUCGUCAUAUAAUGUUAUGUACUACCAAUUGUGGGCAAGGUGAUAUUUCAAGAAGAAAUAGCCACUGGAGAAACGUGUUGGAACACAUGCUGCAAUUGCCAGAUGUCUGUGAAGGUGGUGGUAUUGAAAGCAGUAUCAGUGAUGCACUAACCCAUGGCCCGCCUGCGGAUAAUAGAGAGUCUAAUAUGGCUGAUGUUCGUGCAGACAUUACUGAUAGUAAGGACAGACAUAAAAGCCACUUUGGCGUGACAUGUCAGUCUAUAAGGAUGGAUGUUUCGGAAUAUACCUUAGUGAAUGUGUCAGAAACGGGAACCUAUGAUCCGACCAAUGCAAUUGCUGACAAGCAAAAGUGCCAGGAUGCUUUCUUUAAUAUUUUAUGCUCGGAGAAAUUUGCUUCCUUAUGCAAUUUACUUUGUGAAAGCUUCCAAGUCAUAAAAGUUGACAAGUUAUUUGACAUUAGCCAGAUCAACUCCAAUAUGAAAAAUGGAGUGUAUGACCAGUCUCCGGGAUUAUUUAGUGAAGAUCUGCAGCAGCUGUGGAGAAAGUUCAGAAAAAUUGGUGAAGAAAUGGUCCUUCUUGCGAGUUGUCUUUCAAAUAUGUCCCAAGGGGUUCAUCAGAAGCAGGUUGCAGAAGACCUGGUAGGGGAAAGCUGUCCGCUGAAAUGUGAGGAGAACUGUCAGGUCGAAGCUAUAACAAAGAAUUCCAACGGCUCAAAUACCAUGAUACAACUCCCAUCCUGUGAAUCUGUUCCCUCCACUAAACCAAAUCAAACCGAGGUUUCUGUUCUUUACAAAGCUUGCACUUGCAAGCAAUGUGGCAAUGAAGCCGAUGCUAAGCACAGUCUUAUCUGUGAUGAAUGUGAAGCUGUCUAUCAUUUCUCUUGUGUCAAGCCUACUGUCCAAGAAAUCCCCACUAAGAGCUGGUAUUGCACUUUCUGUUCUCAGAAAACAAAACAAUCUUCUUCAGAAAAUACCCAAGAAAAUGGCUUGCAUAAUAGUAACUGUGCGGUAUGUGAGAGGCUUGAAAUCCCCGAGCCGAAAGAGAACCUCAAUGAAAGCAUCGGGGAGAGCUCGGACUCUAGUCUGGAGUCUGAUGAGCCACCAGAACCAUCUAGGACUGCUUUAUCGCGCUUAUGCAAGCAAUGUGGAACUUGUGAAGAUGACGAUAAAAGAUUCUUAAUAUGUGGGCAUAGUCAAUGUCCGUAUAAGUUUUAUCAUAUCCGGUGCUUGACAACUACGCAAAUGGCGAGUCUUCAACAGAAAGGCCAAGAUUGUUGGUACUGCCCUUCUUGCCUCUGUAGGGCUUGCUUUCAUAACAAGGAUGAUGAUAAGAUAGUCUUGUGUGAUAAUUGCGAUGAGGCUUAUCAUAUAUAUUGUAUGAAACCUCCGAGGGCUUCGAUACCUAAUGGUCAGUGGUAUUGUCUAAAGUGUAAUAUAGCAAAGGCGAAAGAAGGGAUGAAGAGGUAUGAGCAGUGGGUCUUGCAACAGCAUGGAAAAAAGAACGGCAGACAAGCUAAUGAAGAAAAUAGGCAUGUGGAUAUGAUACUCAAAGUUGUUGAUGAGUUGAACUCAGAAGAGAAAUCUGCGGCUAGAAGAAAAAAGUAGAACAAGAAAACUAUUUGCAUGUCCAUCUAAAUCCCUGCUCAGUGAGGAUUUUGAUUUUUGACAGUUGGGUGCAUCCUUGCCCUUGUGUCUACUUUUCGGUAGCUUAAUUGUAUUUUUGGUCCCAUGGAUGGAGCAUUGGCAUAGUACCUGUACUUUCCAGAAAAUGUGACAAAUGCAUCUUUUUCUGUAGGCGAUUUUGGCAAAAAAAAAUACAAGGGGUGGUUUACAAAUUUUUGAUGUUUCAGUAGAAAUCCAAUAUCUUCUUGAAGGCAUUAUGAUGAUUUUGCAUUUGUAAGCUUCUCUAGCAGGAUGAAAUAAACUACUAGUGAAGAAUGCUUUUA